UUUAGCUUUGACCGCAUACCGGUAUACCCGGAUAUAGUAAUCAAGCGCACCCUGCACACGUUACACGUCACUUAGCAAAGCAGUGCCAGUGUAAGUUAGCCAGCGGGAGCAUCUGGAUAUCUUCCCUGGAAAGAAACUACCUUUAUUGUCAAAAUGAUGGGUGAACGUCGGAUAAUGGAGCAGUGGAGUCAGCCAAAUCUGGUUUCCUAAAAAGACUGAUGCAUAAUAAAGCAAGGAGACAAUCUUCAACAUGGGAAGGAUCGGCUUCUCAUGCCUUUUCCCAGCAUCAUGGCACUUCAGCCUGUCACCCCAGGCUCUUCCUCGGCUCCUGAUUCCUUCCCUCAGACAGCUGCUCUUCAUCAGCCUGGUGCUCUGCCUCAUAGGACUGUUCUACAUGCUGCUUAUUGCUAUGAAGACACACACCAGCUGGACUGGAGAAGAAAACCCUUUCCACCGGCACCUGGCGAGAGUUACUGACUUGGACGAGACGGAUACAAGCAAUCCUAACCUGAACUAUGGCCUGGUGGUGGACUGUGGCAGCAGUGGCUCCAGGGUAUUUGUGUACUGCUGGCCGCGGCACAACGGUAAUCCCAGAGAACUGCUGGACAUACGGCAGAUGAGAGAUCAGAACCGCAAGCCAGUGGUCAUGAAGAUCAAGCCUGGCAUAGCCGAAUUGGCUAAAACUCCAGAGAAGGCCAGUGACUACAUCGAUCCGCUUCUGAGCUUCGCAGCUAAACACGUUCCCAAACAUAAGCACCAGGAAACACCCCUGUACAUCCUGUGCACAGCUGGGAUGAGAAUCCUACCAGAGAGUCAACAGGAGGCCAUUCUGGAAGAUCUGCGCACAGACAUCCCAGUUCACUUCAAUUUCCUCUUCUCUGAUUCCCAUGUGGAGGUCAUUUCUGGAAAACAAGAAGGUGUCUAUGCAUGGAUUGGAAUAAACUAUGUCCUCGGGAGGUUUAACCAUGAGCACAAAGAUGGAGAAGCUGUGGUGGAGGUACAUGUUCCUGGCAGCGACCAGCAGGAGGCGCUGAUGAGGAAAAGGACAGCGGGUGUCCUGGACAUGGGUGGUGUCUCCACACAGAUUGCAUAUGAAGUGCCCAAAACUGUAAGCUUUGCUUCUCCACAACAGGAGGAAGUGGCCAAAAACUUGCUUGCAGAAUUCAACUUGGGAUGUGAUGCCCACGUCACUGAUCAUGUUUAUCGAGUUUACGUGUCUACCUUUCUGGGUUUCGGGGGAAACGCUGCACGCCAAAGAUACGAGGAGAGCCUCAUCAGAAACACUGCAGCUCGGAAUAAGCUCCUAGGUGAGCAUGUCGGUGAGACGGCGGAGUCUCCCCUCCUGGACCCUUGUCUUCCCUCUGACCUGCAGGAUGAGAUCGGGCCGCCGACACAGAGGCUCCACCUCCGAGGAACGGGAGACUUUGACGAGUGCAGACAGAUUCUCCAGCCGUUCCUCAACAGAACAAAUGACACCCAAACCUCCCUGAGUGGCAUCUACCAGCCAGCGAUUGACUACAGCAACAGCCAGUUUUAUGGUUUCUCAGAGUUCUACUACUGCAUGGAGGACGUGCUGCGAAUGGGCGGGGAUUAUAAUGCUUCCAAAUAUGCCCAGGCUGCCAAGGGCUACUGCGCCACCCAGUGGAAGACACUAAAGGAACGAUUUGACUCCGGUCUGUAUGCAUCACAUGCAGAUUUCCACAGGCUAAAGUACCAGUGCUUUAAAUCGGCGUGGACUUAUGAAGUGUUGCACACGGGUUUUUCCUUCCCAACCACUUACAAAAACCUGAAGACAGCCUUGCUGGUCUAUGAUAAGGAGGUCCAGUGGACUCUGGGAGCUAUUCUUUACAGAACACGGUUUCUUCCUCUGAGGGACAUCCCACAGGAGAGCCUGAAAGGAGCACACUCCCACUGGCGACACAACUUCUCCUUCGUCAACAACCACUACUUGUUCCUGGUUUGCUUCUUUAUCGUUUUGCUCUCCAUCAUACUGUACUUGCUGAGGCUUCGCCGCAUCCAUCGACGUGUGGCUCAGCGUUAUACUCCCUCCUCUGUGCCGUGGUUGGAAGAGGGCCUCGGCUCACCUUCUCUCCCAGUAGAUCUCUAAACUACAGGCAGCAAAAUUAAAUAUCUCCCUUCUGUUGGACGGUGUGUCUUUUCAGUGACUUUCUCGCAUGUCCUACAAGUUCCUGAGCUGGAUUAAGAAAUGAGGAACAGUUUUCAUUGAGAGAGACAUUAUGGUUGUUAAAGUUGUUUUGCCUACAGCUGCCUUCAGUUGUCUUUUAAGUUUUUUGGGGUUUUUUUUUACAAUAUAAAACACAAAAUAAUACUCAGCAGUCUGGUUAACUCACAUGUUGAACGUGACUUCACCACACUGGAUAAAUAUAUCAUAAAUACAUAUGUUUUUACUUUUUUGGCCUUUUUUAAGUGCAUUUGGUUAUUUAUUUUGUCUUUUUUUAUUUUUCUCAUGGUUGUUAAACAGAAUAAGGUACAGAAACAUAAAAUGCAAUAUGAUUUCUACUUGGCAUUGAAAGCACUUUGCACUGCAGUCCAACUGCAUGGCCUAGAAUGAAGCGAUUUAUUGUAAUUAUCCCCUAAACUUGUCUUCAUAUUUAUGUUGGAAAAUAUGAAGCCUUUAACAACUGUGAUAGUGCAAUACUUGUCUUGUCACUGCUGGGAAUUUCUUAGAAACCUGUUUGCCCUCUUAAGAGAAUCAGUCGCUCUGCUGAAACUUGCUUGACUCUUUGGUGGGUAUUGUUACUGUUAUUUCAUCUGGGCUUCGUUUUUAGAAGCCAGUAUAUCACUACUGUGAGGAAAUUGUAAAUCAGAGCUUGUGUUCUGUUAUUUAAAUAAAGAUGGUCUAAGUGAAGAACAUGAAA